ACGUUGUGGUCUAUCUUGGUUUACUUACAAAAUGUUUGCUACAGGUAAACGACAUCACAACGCAAACUAGAUAGUAUAACGUACAUUCCCCAUGCACUGCAGUUGGGCCAAAUGCGGUGACGUUUCUUUCUCUCGCGGCAUAUAUCACACAGCGGAUACACUUUUGCAGAUUAACCAUGACUGCUAAACGACCUUAUUAGACUCCAAAGUAGACACGUAGGUCCCUCUAAGUUAAGAUGAACAUUGAUGACAAGCUGGAGGGGAUGCUGCUGAAGUGUGGUGGGGGAGUGGAUGAGAGUGUGGGGUUAGGGGGUGGAGGUCCAGUCGUCAUGACCCUGGGCGAGCGGGGGUUAGAUCACCACCCCCUGUUAGCAGACGAUGAUGAAGAGGAUGAUGAUGACCUGACAGGGGUUUCAGUGGUGUCCCAUGACCUGAUCCCAACUGAUGAGAUGGUGGUACAUGAGGAGACUGUGAAUGGCAGGGAAUGGGGAAUGAAUCAGAGACUCUCACACAAGCUGCCUGUAAGCAUAAAACAAGAGUUGAAGCUGACUUCUGAUCAACUAAUGCUGGGGAAGAAAGAAAGAAAACAGCCCAGAGACCUCACAGAGUGUCACAAGAAGAAGAAGCGAAAGCAGCGCUCUCCUGCCAAGAUUCUCACCAUCAAUGAGGAUGGGUCAUUGGGUCUCCAGAGUCCAAAGUGUCAUGUGUGUGUGCACUGCAACGCAGCCUUCCGAACCAACUACCAUCUACAAAGACAUGUAUUCAUCCACACUGGUGAGAAGCCAUUUCAGUGCAGCCAGUGUGAUAUGCGCUUCAUACAGAAGUACCUUCUCCAGAGACAUGAGAAAAUCCACACUGGUGAGAAGCCCUUCCGCUGUGAGGAGUGUGGCAUGAGGUUCAUUCAGAAAUACCACAUGGAGAGGCACAGAAGGACCCACAGUGGAGAGAAGCCUUAUCAAUGUGACUACUGCCACCAGUACUUCUCCAGAACUGACCGGGUUCUAAAGCACAGGCGCAUGUGCCAUGAGAUGAAGGAGAGGAAAGCCCACAAGGCUGCAGCAGCGGGGAAAGAUGGAGGACUCCUGCGCAACACAGAAUCUCUGGGCUUUUCCUUCUCUGCCAAAGAAUGCUCGCUGCCCAAGAAGAAACGCUUGAAGACUUCAGACAAGUCUCAAUGCUCAGCUGCUGUCACUGAAGACGUUGCCACGGUCUCUUCUUUUGGCGCCAUGGAUAAGGAGGUGGAGCAAAGACCUAACAAAAUCGAAUGUCUACCUCUCUAUGCAGUUACCUCCAAGGUGGUCAAAGAUGAGUAUGUUGUGGCAGAUUAUUCUGUGGAGCUUCCAGACUCGUCCGGCGAGCAGCAUUUGGGGCUGGGUGGGGAGAAUCUCUCCCCUGAGGAGAUUCAUCCUCCCAAGCUGGUCCUUAAGAAGGUCCCCAAGAGGAGUUUGAAGCAACCAACUGAACCCGAACCACCUGUGAGUCUGUCCCCUUUGUCCUCUUUUGAAGAUGGCAAAAUCACCAGGUACACGUUUGAGAUCGUGGACAAACAAGGUCUUCUGGAUGUGGAUGUGGCCAAUUCUGACCUGGAGCCAGUAGAUGCUCUCCAAGGAGGGCAGACGAAACCAGCAUCCAGCAGCACAAACUACGAUGAUGCAGUGCAGUUCCUGAAGAAGAAGAGGUAUCUCCAGCAGGCCACUCUGUCCAACAACCGCAAUUAUGCCCUGAAUGUAAGCAGCAUCACGUCCCAGCCUUCCAUUAGACAAGCCGCAGUGGCCGAUGUCAUCGACGAAACUGUUCCCACCACCAUCUUGGAACCCCAGCCGUUGAGCGUCGAGAUCAAGUCCAACCACGACAAGAACGUUCUCCCGGAUGAGGUUCUCCAGACUCUCCUGGACCACUACUCAAACAAGGCCAAUGGGCAACCUGAUAUCUCUUUCAGUGUGGCUGACACGGAGGUGACCUCCAGCAUCUCCAUCAACUCCUCGGAUGUGUCUGAGGCCAGCCCGGUAGAGAGCCUGGGAGGUAACCCUCAAGCCCCACCAGCAGAGAAGUCUAGCCUCCUGCAUGAGUACUCAAAGUUCCUUCAGCAAGCACUGGAGAGAACCAGCCAGAACGAUAGCUACUUGAGCAGCCAGAGUCUUACCUUUGUCACCGAGAGCCCCAGUCUCUCCAACCAGCCUCUGUUCUCCACAGAGAAACAGAACCCUUCCCCCAGCAGGUUUACCACUGGUAGGUCAGGGAUGAACUCUCCACUACGCUCUACCUUGGAGAAACCCCAUUUUGGACUACUUGUAGGGGAUUCCCAGCACUCUUUCUCAUUUUCAGGGGACGAAACGACCCCCUCAGCUGUGUCGCCAACCGAAGACUUUCUGGAGGAAGUUGCAUCCUCGAAAAAGACUGAUGCUCAAGGGUUGCAUCAGACUUUUCAAAUCAGCACCUUCGAUCAGAACUUCCGGUCACAGUUCCAGGCCUCGUCACGUUCUGGAAUCACCUCCCAAUUUACUAUUGCCAAUGGACAAGUCAGUCUGCGAAGUCAUGGAACAGACUUCUCUGAAUUCUCCCUUGAGACGAGGUCUCAAUUGAACUCUUCCCCUGAUGCUACAAGGAGUCAAACGUUUGGUUGAGGAUAUUUUUAUUUAUUUCUGCGAUCAUUUUGGAAGGCACUUUCAUAUACAUAUCCUCUGUUCUGCCAAAAUAGGUUACACUGCAAAGGUUGCUGUUGCUCAAAGCAUUUGUGAUAAAAAAUAUAUAUAUGUGUAUAUAUAUAUGUAUAUAUAUACAUAUACUUUUCUGUUAGAUUAAAAUGGUCAAUUUAAUCAUUAAAAUAGGGGGGAUAUCUGUAUGAGAAGCACCUUCCCAUAUGUAAUUGGGUUGCGGGGGAAAAGCACUCAUGGGCUUUAUUAGAUUGUAAAUUCAGAAAUGUAAGCCACAAAGGUGUAAUGAAAAGGAUUUGGUUGCAUAGUAAUAACUCUUACAUUAUAAUUAUUUCUCUGUUUUCAUUUUCUAAUUGACUUUAAUCAUGUUUCUUCCACAUUUUUCUUUCUUUAACUCUCACCAGAUAUCUGGGUCUGUAUUUAUAAAGCAUCUGGAGUUGUAGUGCUGAUCUAGGAUCAGUUUUUACUUUUAGAUCAUAAUGAAUAAGACUGUAUGGAUGGGGGGGGGUUGCCUGGCUACCAAUCAACAUCGCUUGCCUCCCCCAAUGAUUUGUAGAAUGCAAGCACAUUCUGACCUGUCUAAGUCGUCCCAGAAACCAAUUAGUUGUGCUAGGGCCAGCCAACGUGAUGUUAUCAACUGUGAUACUCUGAUUAGAUUUGUUGGAUGACCCAAUUGCCAUUGAAUUUGUUUUGUACAACUCCCCUCAUUUUGAAGUCGCACAAACAACUUCUAGGAUGUAGGUUUUAGACAGAAUGUAUGUAGCGAUCGAUAAGGCAGCGGAAAUACAUUUGGGGUGAGUCGUCGGGCAAGGUGGCUGGUCCUAGAUCAGCACUCUUACUCUCAGGCCCUAUGAAUACGGGGCCUGUUACCGUAGGCCAUGUCAAUAUAACAGUUCUGAGAUUCUUCUAAAGUCAUACUAUAUAACUGCUGAAUGUAGUGUUGUCCACUUGUUGAUAAUGUACAGUAUACCUGCUGUAAGACCUUUUCGUUUCAGUUUAUCUGAACAGAAUUCAUUUCAAAUUUAUGUAAAGAAUGUUUUCUUCAGUUGCUUGCUAAAUUCCUUUUUCAUGGUGUGUAGCCUGAAAUCUGAUUUUAUUUGUAUUUGAUCUUUUGAUUUAAUAAGUCUUAGUUUAAAGUCACUUGAUUCAAAGCUCUCCCCUGGAAGAAAUGUAUGGUGGUUGGUGUGGAAUGAAGUACACUACAUAACCAAAAGUAUGUGGACAUCUGCUCAUCAAACAUCUCAUUCCAAAAUCCUGUGUAUUAAUAUGGAAAUUGUCCCCCCUUUGCUGCUAUAACAGCCUUAUGGGAAGGCUUUCUACUAAAUGCUGGAACAUUGCUGCAUGGACUUGUUUCCAUUCAGCCACGACUAUCAGUGAGGUUGGGCACUGAUUUUGGGUGAUUAGGCCUGACUCGCAGUUGGGUUUCCAAUUCAUCCCAAAGUUGUGCGAUGGAGUUGAGGUCAGGGCUCUGCAGGCCAGUCAAGUUCUUCCACAACGAUCUUGACAAACCAUUUCUGUAUGGACCUCACUUUGUGCACGGGGGUAUUGUUAUGCUAAAACAGGAAAGGGCUUUCCCCAAACUGUUGCCACAAAGUUGGAGGUACAGAAUUGUCUAGAAUGUCAUUGUAUGCUGUAGUCUUAAGUUUUCCCUACAGUAAAGGACCUAGUCUGAACCAUGAAAAACAGACUGUGAUCAUUAUUUCUCCAUCAAACUUUACAUUUGGCAUUAUGCAUUGGGUCCGGUAGCGUACUCCUGGUAUCAGCCAAACCCAGAUUUAUCCGUCAACUGCCAUUUGGUAAAACGUAAUUCAUCACUCUAGAGAACGCAUUUCCACUGCUCGAGAGUCCAAUGGUGGCUAGCUUUACACCAUUCCAGCCAACGCUUGGCAUUGCGUAUGGUGUUCUUAGGCUUGUGUGCGGCUGCUCGGCCAUGGAAAAGUAUGACGCUCCUGACAAACAAACCAUUUUUGUGCUGAUGUUUCUUCCAGAGGCAGUUUGGAACUCGGUAGUGAGUGUCAAUGUUUGUCUGUGGAGAUUCCAUGGCUGUGUGCUAGAUUUUUUACACUUGUCCGCAACAUGUGUGGCUGAAAUAGCCCAAUCCACCAAUUUGAAGGGGUGUCCACAUACUUUUGUGUGUGCAUAUAGUGUAUGUCAUUCUUCAUCCAAAUCAAUAGUACUUGAUGGAAAUAGGUUGGUCUUGACCAUUCUAAAUAAUCUAAAGAUACUAAACAAAUGUAAUUUGUCUGAAUAUUAAAUUAUGUUUGCACAAUGUACCUUAAGUGAGGUUAAUUGAUGAUCUUUUUAGGGUUUAGAUCAUGGUUCAAAUGAGAACCUAAAUGCUUUAUUGGUCAUCGACAUGUUCUACAGUUAUGUUGCAUGCACUUAUUGGGAAACAAAUCAUGGUUCAUUGCAGAUGUAUCAAUCUAAGCAGUCAUUGGAGGCUGAAGUCUCUAGAAGGUGUUGUUAGUCUUACGGCUGUUUUUCCAGUAGCAGGUGAAGACCGCAAGGGGAAAAAUCCAUGAGUAGAGAGGGAAAUCACCCCGUAAAGUUAUAUCAAAUAAUCACUUUAUUACGGGUGAAUGUAUGUCAGCGUAGGUAGGUUUCCAUCCAGUUGGUGACAGAUUUUCAUGUGAAUAUUCUAAACUCUGCGUUAAAAACAAUAUGCACAUUUUCCCACCAGAGAUGUUUACAACUAAUUAACUUGUUGUGGAUAAAAGGCUGUGCGUGAUGACGUCGUCCCCAUAACUUUUGAGAUAAAAUUAAAAAUCGCGUUUUCAACUCUACUGUUUGUUUUGUCCCACCCAAAUUUUAUUAAAUAGGGAAUGUUCCGACUCUGGUCUUUGCAUGCGUUCUCUAUAGCCAACAGCUCGCAGACACAGUGCGGGUUGGCUAUCUACAUGAUGAAAUUAUGGAUAAGAGCAAGAAUAUUUGUUAAAUGGCAGCCAAGCAUAGAUCAUCAUGUCACCAGAAUAAGACACUCAAUAUAUUUAUUGGAAAACAACGUCAAGCUUGCACUUUCACCAUCCUGUGAAGUUCAUAACUUAUUUCAUCUGUAGCCUAAUAAACUGCAUGCUUUCCCGACGAGUCGAAGUGGGAGGACCACACAACAUAUCAUCCCAUGACUCCCAAGUUUACUUCAAUAUGAUGGUUCUUAUAUCAAUAUUUGCACGUAAGGGCAUUUCCACUGACAUUUCUUGCCUAAUAUAUUUUACCAACACAAAAAGAUCCAUGUUGAACGAACAUUAUCUGUGGGCAUUAAUAGAAUUGUACUGAAACUUCUGCUUUCCAUCACAACUAUCGUGAUUAUUUUAUACGUUUUGACUUUACUCACAUAAAAACUGUUGCUGGAAAUGUAAUUUUCUUUUUUGUAAGAGAAUUGCCCAUUCCACAGUACUUUAUAUCCUACAUUGCACAUAUAGUUGUAAGAGAUUCAAGUUUGUCUUUCAUUUAGGCUCCUGUCCUGGAAAAUAUCUUUAUUAGUUUUAUUAGUCAUCAGUGCCUUUUUUAAAUAUUUCCAGCCAUCCCCAUAUGUUUCAUAGUCAUUUUUGGUGUCUGUCAAUUAAAUAUACUAGCCCCAUCUGCACUUUCUGAAACAAACCCAAUUCAAAGUUAUUUACAAUGAAAGUGGAACUUUCUGCUCUUUAAAAGGACGUCCCUUUCAAACAUUUUACCCCUCUUGCUAUUACAGCAAAGACUGACCACUGGCAUCUCUUCCGAUUUUCUAUCUUUUGUAGCACAGAUAUGAUAAAUGUUGUAUCUACCGGUAAUCUAUUGUUAGGGUGUUUUAUCUGUGUGCUCUCACAUUAGCAAAAGUGGUAGGAUGGCUUUUAGUGGCUAAGAAAGUUCUGAAAAUUAAGAUUUGAAUUGCACGAUGACAUUUUAAGUGAAUGGUUAUUUCUUUAUAGCUAUUACUGUAUUACACACUGCCUACCUUUCUGAAUAGUUGUGCAUAUUUGGCAGAGGUUACAGAAAAGGUUUGAGAUAUAUUUUGUUGACUCUCUUGCAUUGUUGGGUUUCUAUGGUAUUUGUUGUAACAGAUUGAUAUAAUUGUUGCAUGUGAAGCGAAACACAAUAACAGCCACUUUUGAAAGUUACCUUGACAAAAUGAAAUGGUUUGAAAUUAUUUUUCUCGUUAUAUUGCCUUAGUCAUUUUGGUCUUGCUAUUUUGUCUUGCAUGAUGUCUUUCUUUUUGUGCUUUGUUGUUCAUGUCUUUUAUAGUUAAAUUGUUUUGCUUAUAGAAUUGAUGUCACGUUAGUUAUAUUAUGUCAACAUUGUGUUUUACAUCAAAUGCUAGCUCUGACAAUCAGGGACAAAUAAUACCCUCGUUCUGGAUUCAACAGCUACUAAACUUUACCCUGUAAACAUUCCCUCUGUACAAUGUAUAGAUAGUUGGUAUCUCUGCUGUAAAUAAGUAGAAUAUCUUUGGCUUGUGUAUUUUCAGUUCUGGACAAACUGAUGGUUGUAGCUACAGUGAGGACUGGUGUACAAUGUUUUAUGGAGCCACUUUUCAUUAGAUUUUCAAUGCAGUUUAAUGUUUGUCACUUCAUGUUCUGUGAAACCAUAGGUUUUUUCCACCUAUUUUUUAAAAUUUAUUUCCCUCAUUAGGGAUUUUGACCAGCUAUGAUUUGACUCGCAGUAAUUAAAGUCCGCCCAUCCUUACAUUAAAUAAUAGUUCCAGUAUUGUAGUGUGGACUGGACUGUCAGUUUGAAGAAUAACUGGGGCAUCAUCCUCGUAAAUUCAUCAACAAAACAAAGAUUAUUCAAUGUUGUGGCAUAUAACUGAAAUGUUGACCUGUAGUCAAUCAUGAGAUGUGAAAAAUGUUUUCUUUUUUGUUUUCAUUUCAUUUUUGGCUCCGUUUAUCUGAUUGUAUGGGUUUAAGUUUUCAACUAAACCUACUGUACACCGGUGAAAGAAAGCCCUUUCAAAAGCACGGUGUAUAGUUGUAUGUGUACUUUUCCACGACUAUCUUAGAUUUGAACUUACAGUAUAAGUUUGAGACCCAAUAUGUUCCUUCUUCAACUGCAUACCGAGGGAACUGAAAAGAUUUCUCUUAUGGUUGUGAAAAAGCAACCCAUUUUUGGGACAGUUCCACCACUUACAGUAACCCCCUAUCCAUAAACUGACCAUAAGUGUCCUUGUAUAAGCUGGGAAAAAAUGAAACUUGUUUCAUCAGAUUGGGGGGAAAAGUAUAAAUGUUAAACUUUUUGAUAGAUGCUUUCUUCUAUUUUUGAAAAAUAUGUUGCUUGUAAAAAGGCUCUGAAGUAUGUAUGUCAUAUAGUCAUUAUUGCAGACAGUCCUCAGUUAAUAUCAGAUAAUUGUUUGAUUUUGGAUAUGUUGAGCUUCUUUGGCAGUUGUGGACAAGAGCUUCUUCCUUUGAGACGGAGUUAUUUUGACUCAGAUCUUCUAUCAUUGAGCUACAGAAGGAAGGAUAGUAAACUCAUUGUUAGUCAAGUUGUGAUGAAUUAUUAUAUUUCACAGAUGGUUGAUCAAAAGCAAGAUGUUGAUUUGCAUGGUCUUUUAGUUGUCGAUUCGAUUGAACUGGAUAUUAUAUGUAAUGUACUGCUUUAAUUGUAGCUUAUUUUAUUUCAGUAAAGUUCUAUUAGAUUUAUGCAAUAUAUUAUAUGGACUUGUGAAAAAUCUGAUUCUUCAAUUGUUGGUUUUUGAUUCUUUAUCAUGUCCUUCCAAAUAAAAAUAAUUAUCCAUACA